AUGAAUUUUGGCUCUGCCACUAGUCCUCUGCCUAUUGCUGAAGACGUGGAAUACUGGAUAGAUAGUAGCUCGACCUACGUGGAUGACGACACCUAUUGUUAUCCCAGUGACAUCGAAAACGCAGUGAAUAGCGACGAUGGUGGUUGUAAAAGGAAGUUGCCUGCAUCGAGUGAACCUCACGCGUCGCAGGACAUAUUCUGGGAGCUGGGGCCGCGGGAUUCUGCUUGUAAGGAUGCGCCGCCGGCGAAGGAGCACAAAAUGCUGGUGCUGCCCAGAACGUUUCAACACCACCGGAUUCAGCGAUGGCUCAAGAGACAUAUCGUGGAUCAAGGUUUCGAAUUGACCAAAAAUUUCCAGUGUCCGCCAAGUCGCUGUGUCAACGAUCUUUCCCCGCCGUGGGCCGCGUUGAAUGAUGUCAAUUGGAUCUCUUACCGAUAUACGAGACAGUCGGCGGAUGGGAAGGAGGUUAUGUGCAGAUUUUGCCAUGGCAGGAAUUGGAUAAGGAGCUCGAAUUUUUUCAAGCAUCUGUUCCUGGCUCACGGGAUAAUGACGCAGAUUAAACCGGGUGCGUUAUCUGACUUCAGCGAGGAAACUUUCACAGUCGGAGGAUGUUUCACUGUCAAGGUCCAAACAGUGCAGUCAGUGGAUUUUACCCGCAAUCUGCUGCCUCUUUUGCAAGUCUCGCUGGUGCCGAUCCCGAGGAAGAGCUUUUCGAAAGUGCUGAGCAACGGGUUUAGAAGAACGCAUGUCUUGUGUCCUCAUUGCUCGAAAUGGAUCAGACUAGGUUGGUGUGAGUACGAUGAGAUUAUAAAACAGGACUUUGAAGAUUUUGAUUCUUUCAGAAAUUUAAACAAUGAGAAUUAUGCAAGAAUGUCGUACGUCCAGAAGAGAGAUAGGAGCUCGAUUGAAGGUCUCUACGAGAAUUAUUUUAUGCAUUACAUCGAGUGUGAUUUCACCAGGUUCCAAUUUAAACCCUUGUACGUUCAAAUUGUUUAA